CCAGUACUCAGUCGACAGCCAAAGGCAGCGUACAACGUUGGUUGUAUUAAACACAGAAAAGGCUUUUAAAUAAAAUAGAUAGAAAUUAGCGACGUUCAAAUAAUAUAAAACGGCAGUUAAAAAUUAUACAUCAACAAAAGUAACAGUUUGAAAUGUUUAAGAAUGAACUAAGACGAACGUGUGAACGUAAUUGAAGAACUAAUCAAACCGAACCGCUCUAACCUACUUUAUAUGCAAUAAAUCAAAAGCAAAGAUAAAAAUAAAUAAAAAAAAAUAUGUUCGUUAAACGACAAAGUGUAUGUUUGCUGCGAAAAAUGCAACACUGCAUCGUUUCUACUACAGUCAAAAGCGCGCGACAUCCAAUCAAACAAUAAAAAACAGUGUUUAAUAUAAAUAAAAAUAUUUAAGGCGUAAUUUUUCAUCAACUUAACUCAUUAAAAAAACUAUAUGUGCUGUCUAAUUCUGUCUUCUUAAAUUAAUUAACUUUAAUGAAUAUUUGGCAACAAAAGUUUUUAAAACGACCAGCGGACGAUGUCGACAACGGAGCUGAAAACUUUGAACCUCCACAUAAACUGCCAAAUAAUAAUAACAACAAUAAUAACGGCUCUGAAAAUCUUACAAAAUUCUCUGUAGAAAUUGUACAACAAUUAGAAUUUACAACCUCGGCUGCCAGUUCACAACCUCAACAAAUUAGUACGAAUGUUACAGUGAAGGCACUAACAAAUACAUCAGUUAAAAGUGAACCAGGUGUUGGCGGUGGUGGUGGCGGCGGUAACGUCGGCAAUCCAAACGAUCCUCAAGGAGGAGCCGGCAUACCUAAUAAUGGUCGCGGAGGUGGUGGUAAUAAUAAUGGCAUGGGUACACAUAUGGGUGGCGGUAAUCCAGGACAAGGCGGUGUUGCAGGCAGCAACCUAAUGGGUGGGCAUAAUAAUUCGAAUACGGCGCAACAACAACAAAAGGCAACGCUGGGUGGACUCGGUAAUUUGGUUGAGUGCAAGCGUGAGCCUGAACAUGAUUUUGCCGAUCUGGCAGGCCUAAAAGAGGAAGGUGGUCCAAAUGGCAAUUUCCCCGGUUUUCCGGAUCUUAUGGGUGACGAUACAACAGAGGGUAAUGAUACCUUUAAAGAUCUCAUCAGUGAUUUACAGGAUUUCAACCCUGGUUUUCUUGAUGGUUUUGAUGAAAAGCCAUUGUUGGAUAUAAAAACCGAAGAUGGCAUUAAAGUGGAACCACCAAAUGCACAAGACUUAAUUAACAGUUUAAAUGUUAAGUCUGAGAAUGCUAUGGCACAAUUCAAUGCAGCAUUUGGUGGUGGUCCACUAAAUAGUAAUCCAAAUGUGGGUGGUAUGCCCGUUGGGUCAAUGGGUGGUGCAAAUACUGAUACGCAAGUGGGCAUGAACAAAAUGCGUUCACAAUUUCAAAAUGGUCCGAAUAAUGGACCUAUGUCAGAACUCUCAUUGGCAGCGGCACAAACACUUAAACAAAUGGCUGAACAGCAUCAACAUAAAAAUGCUAUUGGUGGCAUGAGCUACCCUAGACCACCGAUGCAUCAGCCACAACAAAAUCAAAUGAUGGGUGGUCCCAAUGGUCGUUACAAUGAGUAUGGUGGUUUUGGUAAUGACUUUAUGGGUCCUAAUGGACCACAACAACAACAGCAACAGCAGCAACAACAACAACAGCAGCAACAGCAACAACAACAACAACAUUUACCACCACAAUUCCAUCAAAAGGUACCUGAUGUUGUGCCAGGUGCUGGUGUUAAUCAAUCCUUCCUCGAUAUGAAACAAGAAUUUUAUUAUAACUCACAAAAUGAUUUCGAUCUCAAACGUUUACAACGACAGACACAAAUGCUUCAACAACAACAUCACCCUCACGGUCCACAACAGACACAUGCAAAUGGUCCAAAAAUGGGUCCACAAGUGCCGAGUGGAUUUCCAAAGCCUGGUCAAACGCAAUCUCAACAACAAAAUAAUCCACAACAACAAUACUCGCCCUAUAACUCACCUAUGGGACCAGCCGGAAAUCAAAGUCCAGCCGGUACCAAUUUUAUGCAGGGUCCACCACGUGGUGGCGGUCCUGGUGUAGGUCCUAAUGCAACAGGUGGUUCAUCAAAUGGUCCACCUAAUAUGUCAGCACAACAAAUGCCAACGCAACAACAACAACAGCAACAGCAGCAACAAACGAAUGCACAGCAACGAGCAGGCGCACAAGGUGGGCCACAAGUAGGCGGUGCUGCUGGUACAACACAAUCCACACAAAAUGGUCCUGGUAUGGGUACUAAUACGCAACAAACUGGACCAAAUAUGCAACAACAGCAACAAAAUGCAACAACAACAACCUUGCAAAUGAAACAAACACAACAGUUGCACAUAAGCCAACAGGGUGGUGCGCAUGGUAUACAGUCGUCAACAUGUGGCUCUUUGCUCUUCAUAUGUUCUACGAAAACUAAUGUAAGUCAUCAACACACUUUUAUACUUUGA